GCAUGUCAGAAAAGUAUGGUUAUGUUUGUUUUUGAAAUUCCAAUUUAAUUUAAAUUUUCAAAAAUGUUUAAAUUUAAUUUUAAUCAGGACAUAUCGGAAGAAAACGAUAGAAAUGUAACAAAUUCUGAAAGCACCACCAUUCAAUGGAACAAGAGCAGACAAAUCCUGCCUGGACAUUUAGAACCAAUAAACACAAUAAUAAACUCCAACAAAAGCAACACAAUUAUAUUUAACAACAUCGAAAUUGAAUAUUUAGCAUCCACUGAUGUGUUGAGAUAUUUACAAAACAAACAGGAGAACUUUUCUGUGAUCAGUGCAGAACAAAAUCACUCUGAUCUUAUUACAGCAAUAUACGAAGGGGGGUUAAAAAUAUGGGAGUGUACAUAUGACUUAUUGGAUUAUAUAAGUAGUGAAAAGUUGGAGUUUGAAGGCAAAAAUGUAUUAGAUUUAGGCUGUGGUUCUGGAAUAGUUGGACUUGUUACAUUUUUGCAGGGAUCUGAAUGUUGCUUGCAAGAUUAUAAUGAAGAAGUGUUAAGGUACAUAACUAUCCCAAACAUAUUUUUAAAUGCACACAGAUUCAAUAGAGAUGUGAAUAAAGUAAAGUUUUAUUCUGGAGAUUGGAAUUCCUUUGUAGACCUAUUAGCAUUGUCUGAAGAUGAAAAAUUCGACUACAUUUUCACCAGUGAAACAAUUUACAACCCUGACAGCUAUCCAAAAUUAAUAAAUGUAUUUAAGAACCUUUUGAAACCAACUGGGACUAUUUAUUUGGCCGCAAAAUCGCAUUAUUUUGGCGUAGGAGGAGGAAUAUCAUCAUUUCAAGAAGCUCUGGAUAGUGAACAAUUUAUUUACAACACCUGCUGGCACUGUGAUAAAGGAGUGAAAAGGGAAAUUUUGGAAAUAAAAUUGCAAUGAAA